UGUGGGAAUCGGCAACACUGAGAGCCAGGGGAUAGAAAAAUGGCGGCGGCCGAGUGUGCUGCAAACCAAUUGCGGAAGUGAGUGCAUGAGGUUGGUGGUGAAAAAAAUGUUUGCACCACCAUUUUAAAAGUUUUUGGGACGAAUGUCAGCUCACUAUACCUACAGAAAAUUCCAUGCUCACAUAAUAAUAAGGAGUCCUUUAAGUGCUGCUAAUAAAAGGAUCAUGAUGAGGAGGUCAUAGGGAUUUGCCAUAGUAUGGCUGCUUCUCGAUCCACACGUGUCACAAGAUCAUCAGUGGGGAUUAAUGGUUUGGAUGAAAACUUUUGUGGACGAACUUUAAGAAACCGCAGUAUUGCCCACACAGAAGACUCCUUGCCCAUUCUGCCUCAGAGAGCUAGAUCACCUAAGAAGAAGCAGGAUUGCUUACAAGUGCAAACCAAAGGAGUAAAUUUGGGGAAGGUAUCAGACGUGAAGCAGCAGCAAAGUACCCGGGAUUCAUGGGUGAGUCCCAGAAAGAGAGGGAUUUCAGGAUCUGAGAGGGACUUUAUUGAUAAGCAGUCAUCAGAGAACUGUGAAACAAAGCCAUUGGAGGCAGUAUCACCAAUUUCUCAAAAGAUUAAGCGUGGCUUACGACCAGGGGAAUUAAAUAGUUCAGAGGAAGAUUCUCCAUCAACGCUAGAUAAAUCAGCGUUUGAUUCAAAGGACACAGUAAUUGAAAACAAUGAGGACGUUCCUAGCCCAAAACGAGCUAGACUCUGUCUUAUACUGGAUGAUUGUGACAAUGGGGAAGUCAAAAAGAAAGAGAGCUCUUCAAGUGAAUUUGAUAAGUCUGUGUUAUCUAAUGAGUCGCAUGUGAUGACCAAUGGACUUGAUGAUCAAGUUUCAGAUGAGAUAAUAAACUGUAAUGACUCUGUAAAGUCUAACAAAGUGGGUACCUGUGUGUCAUCUGUCCAAACUGACACCAGUUUUGUCACUGCAAAUGACAAGUCCUUGUCGAUAUUGAAUGGCAACAAAGUUGAUCCCACGUUAGACCCCGAUGUGCCUUGUAAAAACUUGUAUUCAGAACUACCAGAUGUUGAUGCUGAAAGAAUGACAGCAGACAGCAACAGUCCAUCAGAGUUAAAUGAUAACUUGGAACAGCCAUCUGUGGUCUCUUUAUCCGAGAACCCAUUACCAUUCAGGGAGCCAGAGGAAGAGGUGGAUGUAGUGGGUGACAGCAGUUGCACAUCUAAAGAGUGUGUUGAAAAUGCCAAUGGUGUUUUGUGUGCUGUUCAGGACAAUAAAGAUAUCUCAGGAGAAACUGUAUCACCUCUAGGGCUAGACUCUUGUCUAGCUGAAGUGACUUCUUUCAUGGAACCUCAAGAACACAGAUACACACUGAGAACUUCACCAAGAAAGGUGCCUUCCAACAAAGGAAGCCCUCAUAAACUCAGUUCUCCUACUAGAGACAAUGUGCCAGAUAAGGAGGAAAAAGACAGUCUGCAUGGCAGGAACAUGCAGGAUGAGCUUGGCCCUGUAAAUGAAACUUGUGGGCAAACGUAUCAGGGUGAUGAUCGAGUAACAUCAACUGACACUAUUAACAAUUCUUCUGAAGCAGAAGUGCUAACAGAGUCAGGGUUAUCAAACAGUAAACCUUUGUCAUCUGCCAAUGAACUUUUGAACAGCAAUCCAACUGAAGAUGAUGAUGAAGAAGAGGAGGAGCCUGAUGUCUAUUAUUUUGAGUCUGAUCAUUUGGCUUUGAAACACAACAAAGACUACCAGAGGUUGCUGCAAACUAUAGCUCUGUUAGAGGCACAGCGUGCUCAAGCAAUCCAAGACUUGGAGGCAUUGGCCAGGUACCAGAAGGAGGCACUCACAGACCCAAUUAGUUUUGUAGAGCAGCUGCAGAAAAAGGUUAAUAUCGGAUUUCCUUGCCCACAACGAGUUGUGCAACUUCCUGAGGUGUCAUGGGACCAAUAUACCUCUGGCUUGGGAGACUUCGAAAGAGAAUUUAAAAACAAGAAGCGCAAUACUAGAAGAUUAAAGCUAAUAUUUGAUAAAGUGGGAUUACCUGCACGGUCCAAAAGUCCUCUGGAGACGAGAAAAGACGGGGAGUCUUCAUCUGCGUAUUCCACAUUGCCUUCUAGCGAUGCUCCUGAACAGUCUACAUCAAGUAGUCGAUCACAGGUAAUUAGAGGAAGAGUAUAUGAUCAAACCAAACCUGAUACUUUUAACCAACUUUGGACCAUUGAAGAACAGAAAAAAUUGGAACAACUGCUUUUGAAGUAUCCUCCAGAAGAAAUUGAGUCUAAACGCUGGCAGAAGAUAGCAGAUGAGCUGGGCAAUAGGACAGCAAAACAGGUUGCAAGCAGAGUUCAGAAGUAUUUUAUAAAACUGACAAAAGCUGGCAUUCCCGUACCUGGAAGAACACCUAAUUUAUACAUGUAUAACAGAAAGGCUUCCAGCAAGCGUCAGCAUCAUCUGAACAAACACCUGUACCGACCCUCCACCUUUCUGGCUUCUUAUGAGCCUCCUGUUUAUAUGGAUGAUGAUGAUGAUCAAUCAGGUUACUACAGCAACCAGCAGGAUGUAACAACUGAAGACUCUGAUGAUGACAGCAUUCCAGCUGAAUAUCGGAAUUUACCAGAAUACAAAGAACUGUUGCAGCUAAAAAAGAUGAAAAAACAGAAACUCCAACAGCUUCAGUUGGAAAGCGCAUUAGUCCAGCACUUUGGGUAUAAGUGUGAUGGCUGUGGAGUAGAUCCCAUACAAGGCGUCCGGUGGCAUUGUCAAGAUUGCCCACAAGAAAAUUGUGUUGAUUUCUGUGAUAACUGUUCUGACUGCCUGCAUACUACAGAUACCCACAAGUCAGAUCACCGAUUGGAGCCAGUCUAUCGAGCAGAGACAUUUAUUGACAGAGACUACUGCAUGCCCCAAAGCACUGGCUACAAUUACCUUGAUCCCAAUUACUUCCCAGCCAACAGAUGACAGGGGCAAAGUAAGAAUAUUGAAAAACCAGAUGGAUUAUCAUCCUCCUCUUGAAAUUUGCUUGGGCUGUAUUGCAAAGGUUCAAUGCUCAGAUGGGAAAAUAGCCGCAGAGGAGCUGUUCAGGGAAACAUCCACCAAAACAUGUCUGCUUUCACAGGAAGAGCGCAGGCCAAACCUCAUCUCUGUGCUGUGGCAGGUCUCCCUAAUAACACAAAGAGGAGAAACAACAUUCCUUACUGGGAAUAGUAAGAAAUUAGAAGCAACGUUUGAU